CCCUUUUACUUUCUUAGCCAAAUCACCAACAUGUCCUGUUAGAACAAGGAUUUAGCAUUCUACGAAAGAAAGUAACAGGAGGAAACAUUUUGAAAUGGAUCCCAAGUAUUUCAUCUUAGUUUUGUUUUUUGGAUACCCAAACAAUAUGUUCUUCUCAAACACAGAAACAAUUACAACAGAGAAGCCACGGUCUACUUUAUUUACAUCACCAAUGUCAUACGUUUCAGCUGAUUCUCAAAACACAACAGGGAAGACUUUGGAUCAACCAACACAUUUCAGUGACAUUUCUCCUGGACAACUAGUAUCACCUGCCAAGAUUGCUAAACAAGUAACACCAACUAUUUCUGUCUCUUCUGGAAAACCAGUAGCUCACAGUUCUGCUAGACCACCUGCCUAUAAUAUCACCAGACAACCAACACCAACAGUCAAUAUCUCCUCCCCACUGACAGCGCUGCCUGUACUCACCUCUGCCAAAAAGCUACCAUCUUCUGCCCACAUUUCCACCAGAUCACCAACACCAUCGGUCUACCCUCCCACUGAACAACCACCAUCACCUGUUCACGCUUCUUCUGGAAACCCAGUACUACCAACUGUUGGUAAUCUAUCCACAUGGCCAAUAUCAACAAUCAAAAACCUACCUAGGAAUACCCCAGGAUUCAUUUUAGAAACUACUAGUGGCAAUGAAGUUAUUAAAAAAACAGAUUAUAGGUCAAUAGCUGGCAUAAUAGUUGGUACAAUUCUGAUUUUUAUGUUGGUAGCAAUAAUCAUGAUUGUACUAUGGAAAUGCUCAAGAAGGCCUGUUUUAAAUGAUCAAAAUUGGGCAGGCAGGUCCCCAUUUGCUGAUGGAGAAAUCCCUGACAUGUGUAUGGAUAAUAUUAGAGAAAAUGAACCUGCCACAAAACGAACAUCAAUUGUUUCACUUAUGACUUGGAAACCAAACAAAAGCACACUUUUAGCAGAUGACUUAGAAGUUAAGUUGUUUGAAUCAAGUGAAAACAUUGAAGAUGCCGACAACCCCCUAAAAGAAGAUAAAAAAGAUAAAAUAAAUGGUAUAUCAGAGGACAGUGCUGAUAGGUCAACAAUUGGUACUGCUGUCUCUUCUUCGGAUGAUACAGACAUGCCUCUGCCACCUCCCUUUCUUGAUCUGGAAGGACAGGAGAGUAACCAAUCUGACAAACCCACGAUGAUAACUCUAUCUCCUCUUCCAAAUGAGUCUGCCAAUCUCCAACCAUCUCUGGAAGGUGUAAAUCAAGCCUGUGAAGAUCCUAAUUCUGAUAUUGAACAGUCAUUUCCACCACCCCCCGAGUCAUUUAACUUGCCCUUGCAUCAAGAAGAUUUUGUAAAAAACCAAGAAGAUUCCAGCGAGAUGCAGUGUCAGGAGUUCUCUGGUCCUCCUGACUCUGCUCAAGAUCUUAACAAAUCCCUGCCAACACCACCUGCAGAACUCUUAUAAAUAUUACAACUUGCUUUUUAGCCAGACUUCCAUCCUUAAAUGUCUCCAUCCUUUGUUCUUCAUGGGACAAAGUACAUGAUAAAUGGCAGGCAACUUUGAUUUUUAUUCAGGAACUACCUGAAAUAUGCUUAAAGCUCAUGUGUAUAAGUGGAAUUUUAAAAAAAAUUAUAUUAACAGUGAUGUAUUUACUAGCUAUAUUCCCUAUCUUUCAAGUAUAGUAUAUUUUACAUGUAUGGAUGGUACACAUCUCAAUAACUUAAUCUUUUUAGGAAAUAAGCACUCCACAUAUACUUAUAACCCAACAGAUUUUUCUGUGAAGUGCUAUGUAUACACUUACUCUCAAUACAUAAAAUUGUAUUUUUCCAUUUCAGAGUGUGGGGUGGUGAGGAAAAGGGGUUAAAUGCAUACUUCCAAGUUUCAAGUUAAUACCUCACAAGCUAAACAAAUAUUUCAAAUUUAUGGGAAUGAGAGAUUAAAAUGCAUGUUCAAAGAUG